AUGAAGUGCUCGAAUGACUCGAUCGAGCUACUAGAAGAUGUGGGUGUUGAAUCCUUAUAUGCUCUCAUCCCUCCACAACCAGCCUCAUCCGUGGUGGCUGAUGACGGAAGGACACCUCCACUUCAGCCUGAAGGCACAUCGCAGAUACCAUCCUCGUUCGGCCAGGCUCUCAUUCUGCAGGCUCUUGAGCACAACCGUGUAAUUUUAUCGCGCUGCGACUUGAGUCUUGAUCUCGAGACUGCCGACACGGAGCAGUUGUAUAAGCGCAUACCUUUCGUGCUGGACAGCAUAGCUACUAAAGGUGCGGGAGAAGGAAAGGCGUUCAUGACGGCUGGUGGCCUGAUCGGCUGGGCACCGUGGACAAUGUCACUCGGCUGUGUUCUGCUUCAUUUGCCGGGCUCGGACUUCCUCUUGGUGUUGAGGCGGCACAAGGACGUGUUCAACUUUCUGGGUAUGGCUUGUGUGCCAGGUGUCGGGGCUGAUUUCAUCGUAGAUGGUCUCAUGAAUGAGGAGGAGUUUGUGAUACCAUGA